GGGGCCUGCGUGCAGUGACCUUUGUCUCGUCAGCAAGCUCCUCCUCAGACCGUUGGAGCUGCUGACGGGAGCUGAUCAGAGAAAAUCUCUGCAGGUGACCGUCAUGAUGUUUUGACCCCUAAAAGCGUGACUCAUUGUGCCCUCCCUACUCCAGUCAUGGACAGCAUCCCACGGAGGUGGGUGCUGAAGCCUCUGUCCCCACUGCUGCAGCCUUCCGACCUGCGCUCCAUUGCUGGCCCCGCCCCCAACCUGGACAGCCUGGCCCCUUCUGGCAGCGUCUCUGUGUCUAACAACCACUCCUCAGUGGUGGUCACCCCUGAGCUGAGUGAUGACUCUCGAAACAUAUUGAUCCAGGCCCGGAAGGUUGCCGUGUCCCUAGACGACAGCGGCAGUGAGGACUGGUGUCCCAGCAGCCCCAGCAGCCCCAGCAGCGGCUCAGGCUCUCACUCUGGGUUUUACUCCUUUGUGGAUGAUCCCACAAGUCCUGAAGCUGAGCUGAACGAAGCCUGGAUGCUUUCCCCGGAGCGGCAGGCGAAGCUGGCAACCCUCAAAGAGGAGAGGGGAUUCAAACUACAGACCUACAGUGGCAGCAGGAGGCCAGAGAGCCUGUUCUCUGAGACCAAUGGAGACUCGCAAUACAGAGUGGGUCCAAACAACGGCAUCAGGGCUGUUAGCGACGAGGAGGAGAAGCAGCUCCGCCACAACAUCAUCCGCAACCAAGCUCCGAGGAGAACCCUGGGGGAACCACAGAGUCCCAUGGAGAACCUGGACCUGAGCCUGUCCACGAAAAGGCUGAUAGAGGGUUUCAGCGUGAGCUACAGCCCCAUCAGCCCCAGAUCAGAUCCAGCCUGGUCUGCAAAGCCGGGGACUAUCGAGAAAGAGGAGAUCAACUUCAGCACAGCCCGAGAGAAGUUUAUGAAGAUGGAGCAGGACCGGCUGGCAUCCAUGCUCAGUCCUGUUGGAGCUUCACGAACACGCCUGAGCUCGACUCCACAGCCAGAACCGGACCUGUACGUGAGCAAGAAGGUGGUCGCCUACAGGGGUGUGGAGAGCGCCGACCCAACACAGCAGAGAGUGGAAGAACACGAGAUGAGUCCCCAGAGGAAAGUGACGGUGUCUCAAACAGAAGAUAGUCUGAGCCGGCAGAGCAGCGUGUUUGAAGAUCUGGUCUCUGGCCUGGAGGAGCUGCAUGCCAACGUUACCAGUGAUACCGGCCCAACGUCAAACACAGCCCAUGAAACCCCCAUCGAGAGGGAGAUCCGCUUAGCUCAGGAACGAGAGGAGAAUCUACGGCGUGCUCGAGGCCUGAAGCUAAGCAAUACUCAGGCAGAGAUGGUGGAAAUAAAAACCAAAAGAUUACAGCUGCCAGUGAAGCCCAUCAUAGUCAGAGAAAAGAAGCAGGUGGGCCUCACCAUCCAGAGGGAGAACCAGGGGGAGAACCAGAGGGCCGGGGAACAGCAGGAGGCAGCGAUCCUUGACAGAGAAGGUCAAGGUCCUGCAGAGAAGCACCAGGCUGUGAGAACACAGGCUGAUCCAACAGAGGAGGUCAGGCAGACCCGAAACAGACCUGAGUCUGGAUCUGGAGCAGAGGAAGUCUACCCAUCUCCUUGCUGUCCUCAUCGACACCCAGAAGAAUACGUUUUCCAUGAAGAGAUCUCCUACACAGAGAGGGACUCCGACAUCCAGCGCACAAGACGUUUUUACCAGGAGCAAUCAGCUCUUUCCUCCCAGUCUUCCUCUCCUUCUUCAUUAACACCAAUCCCUCGCUGCGAAACAGACGCCCGGUCCUGGAGGGACAACCUGGAGUCCAUAGGCCUGCAGUCCAGGGCACAAGGAGCUCCAGAUUUCAUUGAGAAGGAGAUCCAAGAGGCUCUGAGACGGGAGCAGGAGCUGAAGGAGCUGAGAGAGUCCAAGAAGGAGCCCAGCCACCCGGCUUUCUCUCCAGUUCCUCUGGUAGAACAGGCAAAUAAAAUAGCCGUCAGACAGUUCUACCCUCCAGUAAACACAGCCUCAGACCCACCUGCCAGUUUGUCUUCUCCCUCCCCUCGUCCCACUGCCCGUCUGCCCUCCAUCUCCUUCAUCACCGCUCAACCCUGGGCGUCCCCUCCUCCUGCUUCUACCACCUCCCCUGUGGCAGCCAGAAAGGCCCCCAUUGCACCGCGGGGUCUCACGGAGACCCUACUGCUGGACUUUGAGGAGCGUCGAUCCAAGCUGAAGCUGGAGGAGAGCUCAUACGCAGGAAUUCAGCUGGUCGACGACAUCAACAACGAGGUCGUGGAGUCGACUCGAGUCGUUCGUCAUAAGAACCAGCGAGCUCUGCGCUGGGAAGCCGGAGUAUAUGACAACCAGGAGAACCAGUAAGACCCCCUGGAACCGGUCCAGGACCAAAUCUGGGUUCAGACCACAUCCAUCCAGAGGAGGAUUUUUAUUUCCAGCUGAGACUCACAUGGCUUCACAAUGGGACUCUUAACCAAAACAGGCUACUCUUGG